GGGAGGGAAUGUGGGAAAUAGCAUAGGGCAAAUCUGCAUUAUUCUGGUGUUCCUUUGUAUUUUCUCAUUUUUAGUCUUGCAUCUUUACCUUUUUAUUGGAAAUAUGUGCUUAUUUCUAUGAUUUUAUUAAACCAGUUAUUUAUUCAGAAUUUUGAGCAGUAGAAUGGAGGCCUAGUGUUUGUUCAUUGUAAAGUGUAAUUUUGAGUACAAACACUUCCUUUUCACAGGACAGGACAGGGUCUGUAUUAUUUUGUCUCUACCCAGUUUCCUUGUAGACCCUUCACCUAUUUUAAAUCAUCAAGCAGAAACAGUUCAGGUCUGUAUGGUGCAAAAAUAAACCUAGGAUCUGCUGUGAUGGCAUCCGAUGACUUUGAUAUAGUGAUUGAGGCCAUGCUGGAGGCUCCCUAUAAAAAAGAGGAGGAUGAGCAGCAAAGGAAGGAGGUUAAAAAGGACGGCCCUAGCAACACCAGCAGCAGCACCGGCAAUGGUGGCGGUGGGAGCAGCACCAGUGGGGAGGAAAGCAAGAAGAAGAGUCGGAGCCAUAGUAAAAGCAGGGAUAGAAAGCGCAGUCGUAGUCAAGACCGUAGUCGAGACCGGGAUCGGCAUAGACGGAGGAGUAGUCGGAGCCGAAGCCGAGAUCGGCAGCGUCGUCACCGCAGCCAUAGCUGGGAUCAUCAACAUAGUAGUGAGUCCAGAAGUCGGGCCCCACGUCGUGAGAAUCGUGUGCACUACCGGAGUCCACCACUUGCCGCUGGGCAUAGGUAUGGACACAGUAAGAGUCCUCAUGUCAGAGAGAAGAGUCCGGUCAGGGAGCCAAUUGAUAAUCUGAGUCCCGAGGAACGUGAUGCCCGAACAGUGUUCUGUAUGCAGUUAGCUGCUCGCAUUCGGCCUCGAGACCUGGAGGACUUUUUCUCUGCUAUUGGCAAGGUUCGUGACGUACGUAUUAUCUCAGAUCGGAACUCCCGUCGCUCUAAGGGCAUUGCCUAUGUGGAAUUCUGUGAAAUCCAGUCUGUGCCACUGGCCAUUGGGUUGACGGGGCAGCGGCUGCUGGGGGUGCCCAUCAUUGUGCAGGCCUCGCAGGCUGAGAAAAACCGGCUGGCAGCCAUGGCCAACAACCUACAGAAAGGCAGUGGUGGACCAAAGCGCCUCUAUGUGGGCUCCCUGCACUGCAACAUCACCGAGGACAUGCUCCGGGGCAUCUUUGAGCCCUUUGGCAGAAUUGAUAAUAUUGUCCUGAUGAAGGACUCGGGUACAGGCCGCUCUAAAGGUUAUGGUUUCAUUACGUUCUCUGACUCUGAGUGUGCCCGACGGGCCCUGGAACAGUUGAAUGGCUUUGAGCUUGCUGGUCGACCUAUGAGGGUUGGCCAUGUGACUGAGCGACCGGAUGGUGGCACAGACAUCACUUUUCCUGAUGGAGACCAGGAGCGGGAUCCGGGAUCAGCAGGUGGACGUUUGCAGCUCAUGGCCAAGUUGGCAGAAGGCUCUGGAAUCCAACUGCCAACCACAGGCACUGCUGCCGCCGCUGCCCAAGCUGCUGCCUUGCAGCUGAAUGGAGUUCACUUGGGGGCCCUAAACCCAGCAGCUCUGACUGCUCUGAGUCCAGCCCUGAACCUUGCCUCUCAGGCAAUUGCCUCCCAGUGCUUUCAGCUUUCCAGCCUUUUUACCCCCCCGACCAUGUGAGCCGCAGGACCUCAUUCAUUUUAGUCUCUGGUUAUUUUCUUUCGUUUGACUUCCAUUCACCUCUUCUCUUGGCCCCAAGUAAGUCAGUGGCACAGUACAUUGCCUCCCUAUGCCUCUGCGCCCUGUCACUCCCUUCUUCAUAUCUACCAUUCUACGGCCCCUUCUAUCCAUUUUGUGGAUCAAGCCAUCCUGAAGCCAUGGACAUUAACUCGGGGGGAACUGGGGCUGUAGACACCAAGAAGAACUCCUGCCCUGGACACACUGGGAAUGGACUUUGCUGAGCAACCAGUAGUUGAAGAGAAGAAAGUUAUUGAACACCUGUCUCUCCAUGUAUAUCAUCUCCUGGGAUGAUCUUAUUGCCCUCACCUCUUAGUGAUUUCUCAAUUCCUCCUCUGUUGAGAAGGCCUUUGGGCAUUAACUGAAAGAACUGUUUUUGGGGUGUUUUUUUUUUCCCUCCCUAUACCUUUACCCUACAAUUUUGUCAAGGAAAAACCCUUAAGCCCUCUGGCCCAAGAGGACUUUGCAGUUUGGGGGCUGAACCUUGAAGGUGCUGGCUUGAUGCUACAAGGGCCCUAGAAGAUAGCGUGGAUGUGCAUGUGCAUUGUGAAGCCUGCCUGAGACCUCAGCCUGGGGCCAGAACCACUGUGGGCUCUGCAGUUUGCUGGGAGCAAAAUAGCUGGCAGGUGUUUUGGAUGUCUUAGGGGCAUUCAGGAGUUUAGUGAAAGAUGGGGCACCUUUCCAGUAUUUUCCAUCAUCUUUUGUAUAGUUAGUUGUCCUUCCUCCCAGGUUCUUCCUUUGGUCCAGGAAGGGAGGAUGGUGGGGAAGCUGCUACUCUCCACUACUCCGAUGUGCCUCUCCUGUGGGCUCCAUCCCUGUGCUAAAGCCGCUCCUGUCCCCUACUUGGGCACAUCUGAGCCCUUCUCACUGGAUUUUAUGAACUUGUGUCUGUGUACAUAAAUAUAUAUAUAUAAACUUUGUACAAAAGGCAAGCCUUGCUGUUGUGGCUGCUGCCCAUAUGUGUGUGGUCUCAAGUCAGUUGUGUCUGAUGUUAACUUGUAAUGAGCCAAAACCAAGAGUGGUUGUAGGAAUGUAAAAACAAUGCCAUUGUGUUUUCUUUAUUUUAAUGGUAUUUUUAGAAAUAAAACAGGACAAAAGGU